UCUGACGUCAUAUCCAAGCGACAAGCAACAAUGGGACAAAGUCAGAGCGGAGGACACGGACCGGGAGGAGGAAAAAAGGAUGACAAGGAUAAGAAAAAGAAGUAUGAACCCCCAAUUCCCACCAGAGUUGGAAAGAAAAAGAAGAAGACCAAGGGACCAGAUGCUGCCAGCAAACUACCACUAGUCACCCCUCACACUCAGUGCCGCCUGAAGCUGCUGAAACAGGAGCGGAUCAAAGACUAUCUGUUGAUGGAGGAGGAGUUCAUCAGGAACCAGGAGCAGAUGAAGCCACUGGAGGAGAAGCAGGAGGAGGAGAGGUCUAAAGUGGACGACCUGAGAGGCACCCCGAUGUCUGUGGGCACUCUGGAGGAGAUCAUUGAUGAUAACCACGCCAUCGUCUCCACCUCCGUGGGGUCAGAGCACUACGUCAGUAUACUGUCGUUUGUGGACAAAGAUCUGCUGGAGCCUGGCUGCUCUGUGCUGCUCAACCACAAGGUCCAUGCUGUUAUUGGAGUCCUCAUGGAUGACACAGAUCCUUUAGUGACAGUAAUGAAAGUAGAAAAAGCACCACAAGAAACUUACGCAGACAUUGGAGGACUAGACAACCAGAUCCAGGAGAUCAAGGAGUCAGUGGAGCUGCCUCUCACACAUCCAGAAUACUAUGAAGAAAUGGGCAUCAAACCUCCCAAAGGAGUCAUUCUGUAUGGACCCCCCGGCACUGGUAAAACACUUUUGGCCAAGGCUGUAGCCAAUCAGACAUCGGCGACCUUCCUGCGUGUGGUCGGCUCUGAGCUCAUUCAGAAGUACCUGGGAGAUGGACCCAAACUCGUGCGUGAGUUGUUCAGGGUGGCAGAGGAGCACGCGCCCUCCAUCGUGUUCAUCGAUGAGAUUGACGCCAUUGGCACCAAGAGGUAUGACUCUAACUCUGGUGGCGAGAGGGAAAUCCAAAGGACCAUGCUGGAGCUGCUGAAUCAGCUCGAUGGCUUUGACUCUCGAGGCGACGUGAAGGUCAUCAUGGCAACCAACAGGAUCGAGACGUUGGACCCCGCUCUCAUCAGGCCCGGGAGAAUUGACCGUAAGAUC